AUGGUUGCUCUAGGAGCCAGUCUCAAGCAGAAAUGGGAUGCUAUGAGAGUAAAAUGGAGUGAAAUGAAGAUAUGGGAUAGAAUAAAAGUAAAAUGGGAUGAAAUGAAAAUAAAAUGUCAUAUAUUGUGGAUUAAAUUCUUAUUCGAUUGGUCAUUUGGUUAUUCAGCAGUAAUUGCUUACAAUUUAUUAAUCUCAUUGGUACCUAUGAUCGCAGCCUUAUUUGGUAUUUUAAUUUUAAUUAUAGGCUCUAAUAAUAAUUUGGAAGCAACUAUAAAAAAACGUAUUGUUACCUCAUUUUCAAAUGAAACACGUGAAGGUGUAGGAAAUUUAGUCGAUAUGGCAUUUAAUCAGGUAUCUCAAGAUGUGAGUAUUGUUUUAGUGAUAAGUAUUAUACUUGCUCUUAUUAUUGGAUCAAGAUUAUUUGUGGCCAUUGAUGAUUGUCUAACUAUUGUUUAUCGGACUAAAGAACGAUCAAUUUUAAGACAAAAUAUUCUAGCUAUAAAAACGUUACUUUUAUUUAUUAUACUAAUAUUUCUUAUGGUUAUUGCCUCAUAUGCACCAACAAUAUUAUUCAGUAUUAUUCCCGGUCAAACUGGUCAUGUUCUUUCAUAUAUAGCAGCAUUUAUCGUCAGUUUUUGUCUAUCCUUUGUUCUAUUCGAAUUUAUAUAUCAAACGAUACCUAAUAAAAAAAUGUUAUUCAAAGAAACAUGGUGUGGUGCUCUUAUAGCUGGUUUUUUAUUAGAAUUAUUUAUAAUUUUAUUUUCACUCUAUACUAAAACAUCGACAUCCAGCUAUAUUGGACAAAUUGGUUUUAUUGUGAUUUUACUACUUUUCUUUUACUAUUUUGGUCUGACACUGCAUAUAGGUGCUCAAAUUAAUUCACUCUUUUAUGAACAACAACAAUCAUUUCCAUAUACAUUUGGAACGUUUGUUCAACACGCCAACAACAAUUAUAUUGAGAAGGAAGGACAGAAACUGUUAUCGAGAACGAAUGGAGAUACAUCGCAUAACAAUGGUACAUCAUAA